CAGACCAGCAGAGCAAGAUGCCCGGGUUCAACAAAACCUCUGUUCUUCUGUUUUGUCUCGUGGCCCUCGUCCUGUCGGAUAAGGAGCAAGGCGAACGCAGGCUGAGCGCCGUGUCGGGGGACGGAGACCGGCUCUUGGACAGACGCUACGCAGAGUCGACCAUCGCCAGCGACAUGAGCAAGAUCAUGGACUCCAUGGUGCAGAAAAAGUUCGUCAACUUCCUACUGACUCACCGAGAGAAGAAGAGCGAGCACUCUGCAGCCCCCGAAGGGACUGAGUCACAAGAUCUGCUCAACGGCCUCGUCAAGCAGGAGAUUGUGGAGUGGAUUCUCAGCAAAGCCAGCAAAGAAAGGACUCAAUGAUGUCAUCCUUCAGCCAGCUGGAUCCACCUAUCAGAAGACAGCAGAGCAGUUUACCUGACACACCGAUUGACCGACAUUUCUUGAUUUUUAGAUUUAGGAUUUUAGAUUUUAGAGACUUUGGUUCUAUUGUAAAUGCACUG